AUGCCCAAGCACGAGAGCAAGAAGCCGCGUGUGGAUCCGAGUGUCGCCGCCCCUGCCACGAGGAAGACCGACAAUGACGCACCAUUGCCCUCGGCAGGGCAGGAUAAGGCAAAGGCCAGCAUCCCAUACACUGCUGCUAUGGACAUUCUGCUCCUAGGCGAGGCCGACUUUAGCUUUAGCGCGAGUCUCGCUCGCAGACUGGGAUCCGGCGCGCGCCUCGUGUGCACCGCCUUCGAUCCCGAGCCGCAACAUCCAGCAGCGGGCACAACGUCAGAGGACGAUGAUGAUAGUAGUGCUGCUGCAAUCGCAGUCGAGGCCGCUGAUCACUCUGACCGAGAGCGAGAGCGAGAGGGCAAUGCGGACAAGCGCACGCUCGCCAACUGCGCUGCGCUCAAAGCGAUGGGCGCGACCGUGCUCCACGGGAUUGACGCGACACGGCUGCAGCAUGCCAUCCUGCCUGGCGAUAUCGAGCGUCCGGUGGAGGACUCUGACACUGAAACAGCGGUGGUCGAUGCGCGCGCGUUCGACUUUUACGAGGGCGAUGCACCUCCCGCCGGCCGCGUCCAGCAGCAGGAGGCCGACAACAACAACGACGACGACGACGAGCCAGACAGCGUGUCGCGUAGUGCAAAUGGUCGUGGCUCGGGACACACGCGUCGCAAGCAGCGCGAUCCCGAGGAUAACUCGCACCGGGUCACGGUGCGGCAGUUUGACCGUGUUAUUUUCCUCUUCCCGCACACUGGCGUUGAAUUUUCGCAAGAGUCUGGGUAUACCGAGAGCAUUCAGUCCAAUCAAGAUCUUUUGUACAACUUUUUCCGUGCCGCGGCAUGCCGGUUGCGUCGGCCGAACGGCCAAAUUCACGUCGUGCUGAAGAUCACAGAGCCGUACUUUUCGUGGGACAUUGCAACACAGGCAAAGAAAUCGGGAAAGUUGCGCCUCAAAACCUGCAUUCCUUUUGACGAGCAGUGCUACCCCGGCUAUCGGCACCAGAAAACCAAUCUGGUGCGCACCGUUGUCUCGGAUCCCAGACUGCUGGAGCUCGUCGAGUCCGACCCAGCGCGUGGUUUGAAGCGAACGCACGAACAGCGCAAGGACGACGCAUCAGAUGACGACGACGAAUCGGACGACGACGACGACGACGACAACAACAACGAAACACCUGCGCACCAGGACGGUCGAAUCGCCGUCGAGCAGCGUGCCACUGAGGUCCGCACCGAUUUGGUGAGCGUCAUCUACAUUUUUUGCAUCAACGAUGGCAAAAAUCCGCCCCUGCCGCCAUUGCUGGUUCAUGUUCUGCGGGGCGCAAACAGCAUUCCAGCGAGUGCGUUCAAGGGCGAGCGCGAGUUUGCCGACCACCGCAAGCAACAGGCACACGUGGAGCGCAAGCAGACCGAGCGACAGCUCCAGGCAGCCGGGCUGAUGAAACGCGCGGCUCCUCAAGGUCGCAAGAACAAGCGGCGAUAGUUUUUGUUGGCUUUGAGUGUGUUGGUGAUGCGAAAGGAAUCGUGACAUUUUGUUGACUACUGUAUUAAUUUUUAGGAGGAUAAAAUACGUUGACGGCA